CUCUGCCUCCCGAGUGCUGGGAUUACAGGCGUGUGCUCCGCUACUGCCGGCGAAGUUUACUGUUUUUAAGGUUUAUCUUUUAAGAGUGUCUGAGGCGAGGGAUACGUGCACAUGAGGCCGGGUGUCGAAUCGCCUGAAGCUGUAGUUGUAGGCAUUGGUGAGCUGUUCAGUGUGGGUGCUGGCACACUGGUCUGAAGGCUGGUAUUACCAGCCCAUGCACCUCUGCACACUCACACCUAGUUUAUGGGGGUACUGGGAAUUUGAACCCAGGGCUUUGUGAAUGCUAGCUAAGCUCUCCACCAAUUGAGCUGCCUUGUGUGUGUGUGUGUAUAGACAAGGACUGUUGCCCAGACUGGCCUCCUGAGCUCCUACUUUAGAUUCCUAAGUGUUGGGGUUACAGUGCAGAUCCCUGUUACUGGCUUGGAAUUCUUUUUUAAUUCUUUUCUUGAGUAAAUAUAUAUUGAGUACCUGUUGUGUACCACAUUUGGGACAUGGUGGUGGAACACAAAAUCCGACCUGUCUGAUUUUUGUCCUAAGAGAGCUACAGUUCAAUAUAGGAGACUAACAUUAAAUAAAUAAAACCUAAUAGAGAAAUAAUGAUUCCUGUGAAACUUCUGCAUGGUGAUGUUAAUUCUUCAAAGAGGAUUCUGGGCCGUCAGGGUGGCUUAUCAGGAAAAGAUGUCAGAGCAAGAAGAGAAUGGCUUAUUUGAAAUGCCAGACUAUGAACACGUAGAAGAUGAAAUUUUUCCUCCCUUCCCACCUCCAGCCUCUCCUGAGAGAGAUCCUGCAGAAGCUGAACCUGAUGAAGAAUCAGGGAGUGGAGCACCUGUUCCUGUACCACCAAAGAGAACAGUUAAAAGGAACCUACCCAAGCUAGAUGCUACUAGAUUAACUUCAGAGAGAGGGCUUCCAGCCUUAAGGCAUGUGUUUGCUAACACAAAAUUCAAGGGGAAGGGUCAUGAGGCUGAAGACUUGAAAACGCUAAUCAGACACAUGGAGCACUGGGCGCAUAGGCUAUUCCCCAAGCUGCAAUUUGAAGAUUUUAUUGACAGAGUUGAAAACCUAGGAAAUAAAAAGGAGGUUCAGACCUGUUUAAAACGAAUUCGACUUGAUCUUCCUAUUGUACAUGAAGAUUUUGUUAACAAUAAUGAUGAAGUUGAAGAAACUAAUCCCCUUGAUGUAACUGCUGCUGGAUUUGAUCCCUUCUUGACAAGCUCAUCUGACAGCCAGAAGUUGGCUUCUGAAUCAAGUAGAAGCCUAACAGAAGAGCAGCAACAGAGAAUUGAGAGAAAUAAACAGCUGGCCUUGGAAAGAAGGCAGGCAAAGCUACUGAGUAAUAGCCAGUCCCUAGAAAAUGAUGAGUUAAUGAGUACAUCCUGGGCACAGCCAGUUGAAGAGAGCAGUACUGGUGAGGAGCAAGAAGAGUCGGGUGGAUUAAACCCAGACGCUGCAGGUGGUCCACGUGAUGUUCCUUCUGCCAAUACAGAUGAAGAGGGACAGCUCAAAGCAGAGGACAAACAGCCGGACCACACCAACUUAGACUAAUCCGGACAUGUUCCAAGUAGCCAGGCUUCCACAACAGAAUCCUGCAAGUUUGAGGUUAUUUGUAAAAUUUUCUUUGUGUAAGUCUCUUAAGUCAUAAGACUUCUAUGGAUUCCUGCUUAAAAUACAAUGACAAUUUAUAAUUGUGUUUCCUACUUACUUUAGUAAGUCUAUUUAUUGUUUUUGAUAUUCUGUAUAAAGUCGACUUUAUAAGCUAUUUCUAGUUUACGCUGAAUUCUUUCUCACUAAAUUGAGUAAUGUUUUGAAAUGUAAAUAUGCACUAACUAUUAAGGUCUGUUUUUAUAAAGAAAUAAAUGUAUUUUGCAAACAAUUCUCAGGAUUUGAGUUUCUCACCAUGAUUUAGUCACACAAUUUAAACUUGCUGAAAUGGUUAAGGUUUUGUUGCUAUAGUUUUGUUAAGACCCACUCUGAUUUCAUCGUCCUAGCUGGCCUGAAAUUUGUGGUGAAUCUCCCUACUUUUGCCUUCAGACAGGGUCUCACUGUAACUUCCGUUGGUCUCAAAACUCACUGGGAACUGCAUGCAUCUACCUUGUGUAUUAGCUAGAACUAAAGGUGUGUGCCCCAAUACCCAGCUUGCCUGUAUUUUGAAGUUACUUUAGUGUUUAAAAGUUCACAUAAAAGAUUGAUAAUGCCUCCCCAUUAAUGAUGGUAGGCGAAUUCAGAGAUGUUUAUAGGUUGAGAAUGUACUAGAGGGCUUGUGUAGGGUGUGUAAGACCAUGGGUAUGAAACUCCAGCAUCUCCAGAAAACAGGAUGGUCCUCCAUGUAUGUUCCUGAUUCAUUUGUUGGAGAGAAACUUAGAGAGUAUUGUGAGGGACAGUGUGUAGCGAGGGAUCACACGAAAGAAUUGUCAGUUGGUAGAGGGUAUUCUCAGUAUUGGCAAAUGUGUGUAAUGUCAGAAAUAGAGACUUGGGAAUGAUGGUUAGAAGGCUAGAGGUGAUGGGGGCAGAUGAAGAGAGAGCCUGACUGGAGUUGGCUUGCUUUAUGAGUGUGGUGGAGGGGCCAGAGUUGAGAAAGCACCAGGUUGAGAAGUUUAUGGUCUGGUUCUUGGCAGCAAAUUCCCACUAGAGUUGGGGAAAACACUGAAGACAAAGGAGCUAACUUGUAGUGACAAUGACAGUAGUUCUACAGAAAAGGUCUUUUGCCUCUUAGGGGAAGGGUGGCGAUGCUACAGUGGCUUUCAUUCCUAAGGCAGGAUAGGUGACAUCUUGGGCUGGCAUCAAGUAAAUUGGGAGUAACAGAUGGUUUGAAAAGCCAGGAAGUUGGGCACACACUAUGGGUUGUGGGCUUAUGGGAACUAUCUCAGUGAUAGGUCAGGGGAAAAUGAGACGAGAGGAUGGGCUCACUGUUCAGACAGGGAAUAGCUAGAAGAUGGAGGCUGGUCUCAGCAUGCACUGAUCCUGGAGACAUGGCUUACUCAUCAGGCUUCCAGGCACACUCACUGAAUGAGAGAGGGGCUGGUGGGAGAAGUACUUUUCCAGUGGUGUGAGUUCAGAACACUUCUCUUGGGAAGGCCUGGCCAUUGGAGGUACACACAGCAGAAUCUGAGGGUGGGUGGGACUGGAGUAGAGUGCAGCCCACCACCCACUCUAUGCCCUGUGUCCAGCUGGUGCCAGAACAAUUGGGAAAUUGUGAAUCAAACAUGAAGUUUUGAAGAGGAAGGUGGACAGGACUUUCUUACCCCAAGUGGCUAAAUGAUGUCAGAGGGACCUAUGGCCCAAAUAGGUCUAAAAAUUAAAAAGUAAACUUCAUUUGAAAGAAUCAAUUUGAGCCAAGUGUGGUGGCACAUAGCUUUAAUCCCAGUAGUCCAGAGGC